AUUGUAAUUGUACGGAGAGAAAUCAAUUCUGGUGCUAUGACAAGUUCGUGCCUUGGUGAAGACGAAGCAAUACACAUCUGCAUGAUUGCCUUGGUUAUGACGGGAUCAAUUUUGGGCAACAGCAUAAUUUGUUUGUUGCUUAUCCGGUUUAAGACUUUGCGAACAGUGCCCAAUAUUCUGGUGGUGAACUUAUCAGUUGUUGACAUCCUGAACGCUGCAAUUAAUAUGCCACUUAUGAUCUUGUGGUACAUCUGUAAAGUUCCCUAUCUCAAGGGACGUAGCAUUUCCUGGUUCGUUGUAACAGUGUACGUAAUGUUCAUGUACCUCACCGUUUUCAACCUCACCGUCCUCGCAAUAGAUCGUUUUGGAGCCAUUGUGCUCGGCUUUCGCUACCAUUCUUGGAAGACCGUCAACAAAGCGAAAGUAGCAGUUGUGUUUGUGUGGCUUUCAGCAGCUGCCUAUACCUAUGGUAUGUUCACAUUGGGACUUGACAUCGAUUUAGGUGACGCUCCAGUGCUGGUGUACAGGAUCCAUUAUUUAAAGAAAUUUGGAAGACAUUUCAUAAUUCCCGGUUAUAUGGUACCCUUCACAGUCAUGCUUAUCGUAGGAGCAGCUAUCUGGUUAACCGUGCAUGCGCACAACCGACGUAUCACACCGAUUCGUUCAACGGUGAAACAAAUUAAAAGUGAUGUGAAGACCGCCAAGACCAUCGGCUUAACUUGUGCUGCAUUUUUCUUAAUGGGCGUUUUCCCGAUGCUACUACAUAAUAUUGCCCGAAUACACGGCACUUGGCCUCAUUUUUUAGCGUUUUUUCUCAUCCACUUAAACAGCAUGGCAAAUCCUGUUAUUUACUCAUUUAAGGCAAGAAGGUAAGAUUUUUUGCAAUAAAAUUAUGUCUUAGAAUUAAACAGCUAACAGUCUCAUCGAGCCUAGCAUCCACCCAGAUCCGCAGAUCCUUUAUGACGAAAUCGCUUUUAAUACAGUUAAAUGAAAAGAGAAAGACAUAUAUUAAUCACGUGAUGAUACCGACAACAACAACAACAAUUUUUUUUGUACUCUCUCUUGCCUAAAAGUAAACUACAGCAAUGAAAAUAUUGAAAUCAAAAUUAGAGUACUGGCUGCUUGGAAUAACCAUAGGGGCUAGCGAAGCAAGGCAUGCAGCAGCCAGUUGACUGCAAAAAUAGAAAAAAAACUUACCACGCCUUUCCCUGCAUGCAUUUUUAACAGCAACCUAUACCAGCAGCUGCUGUAAAUCAAUCCUUGUCCUUCUAACCUCAGCCUUUUUUAAAAAAUUCUUCAGGAUUCACUUCUCUUUCGAGGGUUUUGCAGGACAUGUUAUCUGAUUCCGAAGUUGGUUUCUCAGCGCUUGUACCCCAAUCUUCCCGUAGCGAGUUAAUACACACAGAUCACAGAUAAUACUGACUUGGUUAAAACAGUCCUAAAGAACGAGAAUUGUUUUUUUUUUGGCCUAAGGUUUAUAGUACCCAAAGAACGUGGAGCUAUGAGUAUUCUGAACUCUCACCGUCGUCUUGCUUAAUCUGUUCGGUUCGGUUCACGGACACGGGUUUAUGGCCGUGUCCUUUGUAUAGUGGCAAAAACCGCAAUUUAUUUUUUAUUGUUAAAACCCUGUUAAUCCCACUUUUCCGGUUGACUUCAUUUGAAGAGUGUGAUCGGACAAACCCUUACUCCUCUCUCUCUCUCCUCCAGAAAAAGGUAACUGUUACGUUUACUGAGAUACUUUUACUCCCGAAAUCCUCCAAUAAGCCCCCCCGGGGCUUAUUUAUUUCAAGCCCCUUUUAGGGGAGAGGGGGGCUUAGUAGAGAGGGGUGGCUUAUUAAGUUUCUUCCCCUGAAGGGGAGAGGGGCUAAUUAGAGGGAGGGGGCUUCUUUGAGAGGGGGGGAGCUUAAUAGAGGAUUUACGGUAUAAGUAGUUACUCUGCAGCAAUACACAAGGCGUGCUUAUCCACUCCCGGUUAAAGUUGUUUGUUUGUUCAUGCUGAAAAAUCCUGAUACCUAUAUCUAUUAUUUUCCCUUCAUUUUAAAGGUUUCGCAGGGCGUUCUUAUUGUUCUUGAAGGAGCCAUGUGGCAAGUCGCAGUCUUACUUAAGCUCCAAAGACCUUACAGAUGUGCAAUACAAAAAGACGAAUUUUCCAUCAAGG